AUGACACACAGCCCAGCUACCCCCAGGACAGUGGCUUCCACCUCUGGCACCCCUCCUGCCUCAGAUACCACCGAGGCCAGCCUUUCAUCCACCCUGGGCGGCAACACGGAGACAUCGGCAGCUCAGCACACCUCCACACCCCUCACACAGGGACAGGCCAUGCUGGAGGCAGGGACCACUCCAUCUUCCAUGGGGAGUCCCUUGUCUCCCACACCCACGGCCUCCAUAGGCAACAGUGCCACGACUCCUCCUGGAGAAGGGGAAAGUCCCACCAUCAACCAGGGGAGUGGAAUGACAAAUGAUCCCAGUGCUGAGACCUCCCAUUCCCUCCCUGGUACAUCCUUGGCGACCCCAUCCACGCCGAACCUUAAAAUGUCGACGUCUGUCAAUCCUUCUGUUACUGGAACUUGCUUCAACAUGCUGGAGGGAAGGGAUGGCAUCCAGAGGGACCUGGACAGGCUUCAGAGCUCGGCCUGUGUGAACCUCAUGAAGUCCAGCAAGGCCAAGUGCACGAUCCUGCGUAUGGCUUGGAGCAAUCCUAAGCACUACAGGCUGGCUCCUAUCACUCUGUCCAUCCAGCUGGAGAACGUGACCAGCACAGUGAUACAGUUCAGCUGGAAACCUCAAGGUGGCAGAGGAGACAGUCCUUACACAGUGCUUCUACGGGGAAAAUCAGGAGAGAUGGAGAGGAGAAUCCUAAAUGAAACAAGUACUGCAUUUGAAAAUUUGCUUUCUGGUCAGCAAUACCAAAUAUCCGUGGAUGUUUCAACUUGCUCUGAGAAUGUCAGCGCCUCCUUGACUGUUCAGACAGCUGCUGAAGUCUACAGUGGAACCACUAGGAUUAUCAAUGAAGAGUUCAAGCCUGAAUAUCAGAACAAAUCAAGUAGAGAAUUUCAGGAGUUUGAAACUAAGUUCAUUACAGAGAUAACAAAACAUCUGCCGCAGAAGAUACAAGAAUUAAAAAACGGAACAAAAAUGUGCAUUGUAAUUAAUAGCAUCGAGAAUGGCAGUGUGAUUGUGCUCUAUGACAUUGUGUUGGAUGAAGGACAAAAUAUAACAGAACCAGAGAUUUCAGAUGCUUUUACAGAGGCCCUUAACAAGAGUACAGAAUUUGAAGUCGACCCUCAAAUGACUGUCAUAGAAGACCCUUCACAAAAUGAAACAACUGGAGUUACAGCAGUGACAACUACAAUCUUUCCACAAAAUGAUACAACUGGAUCGACAGAACAGACAACUCCAGACCCUUCACAAAAUGAAACAACUGGAGUUACAGCACUGACAACUACAAUCUCUCCAGCAAAUGAUACAACUGGAUUAACAGAACUCACAACUCCAGUCCCUCCACAAAAUGAAACAACUGGAGUUACAGCACUGACAACUACAAUCUCUCUAGCAAAUGAUACAACUGGAUUAACAGAACUCACAACUACAAUCCCUCCACAAAAUGAAACAACUGCAGUUACAGCACUGACACCUACAAUCUUUCCACAAAAUGAUACAACUGGAUUAACAGAAAUCACAUCUACAAUCCCUCCAGCAAAUGAUACAACUGGAUUAACAGAACUCACAACUCCAGUCCCUCCACAAAAUGAAACAACUGGAGUUACAGCACUGAAAACUACAGUCCCUCCAGAAAACGAAACAGUUGCUUUUACAGGAUCAACAUCUAAUUCCAUUUUUACUACCACAUUUCCAUCACCACCUUGCAUGCCAGUGUCCAUCGAAAUUCAGAAUGUGACUGGAGAAGAAAUACAACUCAGCUGGACUGGUGGCAGCACAGGCAGCCUCUACAGCAUCUCCCUCAUGGAUGGAAAGCAGGAGAUAAAUAAAACUACCACAAAAGAGACAAAAGCUGUAUUUAAAUAUCUACUUCCUGCCCAUGCAUACACCAUAUAUGUGGGAGUGUCAUCCUGUGCUGAGAAUAACCGGACUUCAGUUACUGUCCAAACAGAUCCUGUUUCCUGCUUCAACCAAGCUGAGUUCUGUUUACCAGAAAAUACUGGCUGUUCUGACUUAAAAGACGUUGUAUGCUCUGGUAACCAAGCAUUUGCCUGCAGGGUUGUGUUAAAAAACCAGACAUUUAACAAUGCACUUUAUAACUCUGAUAGUGAAGAAUACAAAGCAAUGGCUCAGAGUAUCAAAACAGAUGUUGUUAGAGAAAUGCGCCUCGAACUGAAGGAUGAACGCUUCGACAUCGCUGUGCUUGGGUUCAGACCCGGCAGUGUGAUUGCUGAUUUUAUUUCUCUGCUGCCAAAAGAAGAGCCCGUAGAUGUGAAUCUUAUACAGACCCACCUAAGUCAAGUAUUAAAGCGCAAGUUUGGGAACGAAACUGAAGUAAAUGUACAAUCCCUGUCCAUUCAGUCACCAACUGACGACAGUUCUGGCUGGAGAGUAGCAGUGAUUGUCCUUGGAGUUUUACUUGGAGUUGCAUUAGUGCUGAUUCUUCUGGCAAUAGUAUUUUACAUCUAUAUGAGGAAAAGGUGGGGUAAAUACUUGGUUGAACCACAGGACUCAUGGGAACUUUUCUCUAAAAGCGCUUAUAAGAUGCACAAUGUUUCAUUUUUGGAAUAAGGCAGAAAACGAAUAUGUUUGUCUUAAAAUUCUAUGUCAAUUUUUUAUAUUAACUUAAUUUAAUUCUACUUGCUCCUUCCCAAUGUCCAUCACCAAAUUCCUGAUCUCCUAACAACCUCCAGUGAAUCAUCCUUUUAGCAGAUAUGGAGUGGGGAAUUUUCCCCAUAGUGGUAGAGUGAGGAGCAGAGAAACCUCUGUUCAACCUGUCCCCCAGAGGUAUCACAAUGACUCCCAACAUCGAUUUUCUAGAGAGAGAGGAUCCAAACUACACAAUACUUUCUUGUAUUGUGUAGUUUGGAUCUCAGAGUGACUAAGCUUGGUACCUGUGGCAGGUUACCUGAAUCCUCAGCUGAGCCCAGAGUUGGGCUUUAUGCACUUGGCCAAGGGCGAUUCACCUCCCCUGAGGUUUGUAUCACCAUAUGAAGAUGCCUCUUUCUCUCCAGUGGCUGCAGAACAAGCCACUGGAGUUUGUUAGGAGUUUGAAGAAAAAUGGGAUGCAUCUGGCUUAUAUGGACCUGCUGUAAAAGUCUCUGAUGGAGCAGCAGAUUGAUCUGCAGGCUUCUGAAUUCAAGGUUUCUUUAACUGUCGGGCUAUGAAGAAGCAGUUGCCUUUCUGUGACAAAUGUAAAUCAUGCUAAAUACAGGUGUGGUUUAACAGCAUAGCCAAAACAUGUUACUAGAUAGGUUAAUCUGAGCCAAAAGAUUGUAUUAAUCUAUUUUUGCCUGGCAAAUAUGGUUGGUUGGUCAAGGGUGUGUCAUGUAGUGCAAUUUUACCUCAGUCUUGAUAAUCCCAAGGUAGAGCCCAGUAGGAGCAACCUGAAGGCUCCUGUGACACUGGAGCAGACCUUGUGCUUUAGAGCAAUUAAAAGAAAUGGCCUUUACCUGUUUUCACCACUGUUAGCUGCAGUCUUGGUGAAGUCACAGUCUGUUUAUCCCGUGGUGUAGUUUUUCCUACUUGGAAUGUGCUGAACAAAUGACAAAGGGCAAUGUAUUGCUGUACAUAUUUUCAGUAGGGUUUAUGUGUUUCAUUUCAAGCCAGUUCUCCCUGUGUCUGUGUAUUUUGUCAAUAUGCCUGUGCUGGGCACUCCUGUUGAGGCACUGAAUGUCCUGUGAUGUCAAGGUCCUGGCUCACACCUCCUGAACAGUUCAGGGCCUUCGUUUUUGGGGAUUAUGCUCUGGUUAGCUGGCACAGGUUAGAGAAAGGAGGUGCCUACAAAUGUAGCACAUUUUGGGACCUCAGCAGGCAAAGGACCUCAGCAGACAAAGGUGGUGGUGCCUGAGCAGUUCUGCUCUCCUCUAGGCACAGCCAAUGUUCCUUUUUUUUUAUACCUCCUUUUUCUGGGCAACAGUUCAGCUCCUCAGAGAACCCUGAAGAGGACCCUGGUAAGCAGAUGGGUGAAGCCCUCUCAUGUGCUGCCUCACUGCAGAAAGGCUGAUUAGUUCAGGCUGUAUCAUGACCCUGCUGAGGGAAGUGCCCUCCAGCCUUGCUCCUCUGUCCUUGGCUUGGCAGCAGCGCUGCUGUGUGAGGCCAAUGGGCUGUGCUGGCAGAGAAGGCAAGAUUGUGUGAGCACUUUAAGGUGUCUUCACACACAAAGUUGUGCUGGUGGUUUAUGUUCCUGUCUGGAACGUUAUUUUUAUUUGCAGGGACCUGUGAAACAGGGUUUUGCAUGCUUUGCUCUCCUUUUGCUUCCGUGUAGUGCCAGCUUGGCUGUCCUUCUGAUCAGGUCUGGGAUAUGGGGCCACAGCCCACCUCACUGGUGGAAAGUCAGUGUGAUUAGCAUUUGUUAAAUUUAUUGUAUGUGGGUUCCAAAUAUAGCUAGCUCUGAGCAGUCACUCCACAAUGUAUAGUCUGUCAGUAAAUUCAAGGUCUCCAGUGAGCUGUGUUGAAAAUACAAAAGAGUGCUCUUGCUUAUGUAAAUACUGUUUCCUUUCUGU